AUGAUUCAAUUGCUGUUGUCCCUAUGCGCUGCGCAGUCAGGAGGUGCUGACUGAAAUCUAUGCUCAGUCUUUUUCCUCAGAUGUUUCUCCCUCUCCUAAAUGGUUAUCAUUUGACCAGAAAACUGUGCUACUCUUAAUUCUGAAAAAUAAGAACUGCGUUAGGCUGAGUAAAUAUAACGGAUUAAAUAAUCCUUGAGUUUACUCAAAAUGAUAUUGAGCUGAGCAUGGAUGCAAAUAUUAUCUUGGAAUAUUGGUUAGUUGAGGACAGCUCCAACUAAAGCAACAGAAUUGUAAAAUGGAAACAAAUGGAAAAAUUAGACAAAAUAGUCUCCCCCGAAGACCAAGCAUGCUGUGAAGAUGUUUUGCAAAACAACUUACCAUGAAGAUACUGUGACUUCACACUUACUACCUUCUACUGAUAUAUUUAGCCUGCUCAGAAAUGGUUUUUGCAUUUUCUAGAAAAAAUGUGUCCCAGAAAUUGAGUUUAUUGUUGUUAGUUUUUGGUUUUAUCUGGGGCAUAAUGUUACUGCGCUACACCUUUCAGCAUCCAAGGCAACAAAGCAGUGCUGAAUUGCGUGAACAAAUUCUUGACUUAAGUAAAAGAUACGUUAGAGCCCUAGCAGAAGAAAACAAGAAUGUAAUAAAUGGUGAUAAUGGAGUUGCAAUGGCGGGAUAUGCGGAUCUGAAAAGAACAAUUGCAGUUCUUCUAGAUGAUAUCUUGCAACGCUUGGUCAAACUGGAAAACAAGGUUGAUUAUAUGGUUGUAAAUGGUUCAACAACAAAUACUACAAAUGGGAACUUAAUGCCAUCAGCUACAAGCAAACGAGUAAAUGCAGCAAACAAUAUAAGAUAAUAGUCAAAAUAUUUUGCAUUGCUGGAACUGCUUUAGAUUUAAUUCUUCUUCAGGAGAGAAGCAAACAGUUGGCUAAUCCAGUUGCAGCAGGAAAAAAAAUGAAUGUAUAGAGACCCAAUUUCUUUAUUUAAAAACCUUUGUGUUAAGAAAGUUGUUUCAUAAAGCAACAUUGUAUUGUAACUUCUAAAAAGGUAUAUUGGUAAUAAACUAAUGUAGGAAGAUAAGUAGGUAACACACACAC